AUGUCCGGUAUCGAGCCACGACCGUGGAAUGGCACAGCUUCUGGUCCGGCAAAACGAAAGAGCUUCGGCCCCAUUGCAAGUGUAGGAGGGGCGAAAUUUCAGUCGACAACCGUUUCCCUGCCCAAGGCGGGAGCAGCACUUUCGAAAAAGCCACCAUGUUCCGAAGCAUCCCGUCAAAACUAUCAUCGUCCCGUCCAGUUCCACGCGCUUUCCACCCUCUGGAAGGAGUCCGAGCGUGGACUGCUCACACCGAUGGCUUGGUCGAAAGCUUCUGCUCGUCUCAGAUGCACGUUCCGCAGCUCCCGGUAA